UUUUCUUUUUUUUGCUGUUGUUGUUAGGCUACGUUAUGAGUGUCUUGCCACCUCUAUUCCAUCUGUUGGAACUCAAUAUUAUAUCUGCCCAAGAUUUGAAGCCGGUAUGCCGUCGCAAUAUGCGGACAUACGCGGUGGCUUGGGUUCAUUCGAAGCGAAAACUUUCUACUCGAAUAGACACCCAUGGUCACAUGGACCCUACAUGGAACGAUAAGUUUGUUUUCCGUGUAGACGAUGAGUUCCUCAAUAGUGAGACCUCCACCUUAAUGAUUGAAAUCUACGCCGUGCAUUGGUUCCGUGACGUCCAUAUAGGGAGCGUACGAGUCCUCGUUAAGAACCUUAUCCCGCCGGUUUCUUCAAUGCGUGGCCGCCACGGCCAAGAAGUUCAAAUAGGGAUGAGUUUCGUGGCGUUUCAGGUUUGGAGACCGUCGGGUCGACCCCAAGGUAUUUUGAACAUUGGACUGGCAUUGCUCGAUAAUUCGAUGAGGAGCAUGCCUUUGUAUUGUCAAAUCGGGUCGUCGGCGGUCGGUUAUCGACAUUUGAUGGGUGAAGAAGACGCAUUUCAAAGCUCUAAUAAUCUCAAAAUUCUUUCGAGCACUAAAAGCAAUACUAACAACAAUCACCUUUUGAUUAAUGGCCCGAUCAAAACCGAACUUCGACGAACCAAGAGUGAUUCGAGUUUUGUUCUGGAGUCGUAUGUAAUGCCUAGAAGAUCGAUGAAAGGAUCGUCGGUCGUCAAUGGCGGGUCAAUCAUUAAUGGUUCCGAAAUAGGGAAACACAACUACAAGGUUAAUUCAAGGGGAAGUUCAUUGGUCAAUCACACGUUCAACAAAAACACGGGGAGAAAUAUGAAACCAAGUUCCAUUGUUAAUGGUUCGAAUGACAAGGGUGUGCCGAAAAUUUGGACCAAUUCAGAAAUCGGCCCAUCACCAUCGGAAGUGGCGGCAGCGGUGGCGAGGAACAUUUACUAUAACAAAAUGGAAGAAGCGGAGAGUUCGGUGGGUGAAGCGUGGAGUUUAGAUGGAAGCGCCGAAGGGCUCGAAUCGAAACUAGAACGGUGGCGGACCGAGCUCCCACCAGUUUAUGACCAAAGUAUUGACAUGGGGAGUUUAUUUUCCGAUGAGGUUCCGACGACGAUGACUAGAAGGUCGAGACAUUCCAGAAAACGGGCUCACAAGAACAAGAAGGGAUUGUUCUCAUGUUUCGGUACCAUUUGUGGGUGUGAAAUUUCGGUUACUUGUGGGUAAAGUUGUUG